UCCUCUCUCUUGCAAAUCGGGCAAAAAUCCCCAAUCAUGUUAUCCAAGCUAGCCAAAAAGCUCAAUGAUUUUGACCCCGGCUUCCUCCCCGCGGCGGCCGGCGAAUUCUUCUUCACCUUCCUCUUCGUCUUCAUCACCGUCAGCGCCGCCAUAGCCACAGCUAAGAUGAGCGAUGGGAAAGAUAGCAUCCCUGGAUUAAUAGUUUCGUCGGCGGCUAAUACGCUGGCCGUGGCGGCGAUUGUGUCGGCCGGAUUUCAGAUCUCCGGCGCUCAUCUGAACCCAGUUGUGACACUUGUGAUGGCUUUGGGUGGCCGUAUAAGCCCGCUUCGACUGCUUUUCUAUUUUGUUCUUCAGUUGUUGGCUUCUUCUCUUGCCUGCUUGGUUCUCCGAUUCAUCUCCGGUGGGAUGGAAAUUCCUGUACAUGCACUCGCAUCAGGAGUAGGAUCCUUUCAAGGAUUAGGCAUGGAGAUGAUUCUCACUUUCUCUCUCCUCUUCACAAUAUACGCCACCAUGGUUGAGCCGGGAAAGCAUAUGGGCCAUGGGCAUGGCCCACUGGUUGUUGGACUUUUAGUUGGUGCCAAUACGCUUUCAGGUGGGCUUUUCACAGGCGCUUCCAUGAAUCCCGCUCGCUCGUUCGGGCCGGCUUUGGUCAGCUGGAAUUGGACCAAUCACUGGCUUUACUGGGCCGGGCCUAUGGUCGGUGGCGUACUUGCUGGAUUUAUCUAUGAGCGGUUCAUAAUCAUUAGGCCUUCUUCCUAUGCUGUGCUGUCUACUGGAGUUGAGUCUGUUUGAGGGGAAAUUAUUAAGUUCGGAUACCGGACGACGUUCAGAGUUCAAAAAAAAUGCAUCAUAUCACCUCCUACUUGGUACUGAGCUCGAUAUGAGCUUAAAACUUCAUAGUACCGAGCAGUACAGAGCUCGGUACUGUGAAAUACCAAACUCAAUACUUCAUAAUACUAAGUUCAGUAUUACUCGGUAAUGUGAAGUACCAAAUGGUAAGCUGUGUCCGGUGUUCGAACUCAAUAAUCUCUCCUAUUUAAGUAGGCUAUAGCUAUUGUUACUCCAAAUUUCUUGUAUUUAAUUUUCUUGUACUUUUUGGUUGUUAUUAUUCUUAAAUGGUGACUGAAAUCAUAAUUUACAUUCGCACUAUUAGAAUGUAAGAUGAUGAAUUUGAUAAUAGAUAGAAAUUUGAUUUUAGUA